CCUCACGGCUGGUCAGGUGACUGGUGCUGGGGCAGCUGGACGGCCAGCUUCAUCUAUCUCCUCGCACAUUCUCAUAAAGCUGUUCCAGCAGCACCGCAGGGAGCGCGGAGACCGUCAGCAGCGAGUCUGAUCCGGCCUGACUCAGUGCAGAGUGCGCAGUCUCGGUCCAGGAGUCCAGGAUGGGCGAGCGGGCGGCGAUUCUGCUCUUUUUAGUGGCGACCUCGGCGCUUGCUGUCGAGGUGCCAUCAGAUGAUUCGGUGGGUUUGCUGGCAGAGCCUCAGGUAGCCAUGUUCUGCGGGAAGCUCAACAUGCACAUCAGCGUCCAGAGCGGAAAGUGGGAGUCUGAUCCUUCUGGAACCAAGAGCUGCAUCGGAACUAAGGAGGGAAUUCUGCAGUACUGCCAGGAGGUUUACCCAGACCUGCAGAUCACUAAUGUAGUGGAAGCCAACCAGCCAGUCAGCAUCCAGAACUGGUGCAAGAAAGGCCGUCGUCAGUGCCGCAGCCACGUGCACAUUGUGGUGCCCUACCGCUGCCUGGUUGGGGAAUUUGUGAGCGACGCCCUUCUGGUUCCUGAUAAGUGCAAGUUCCUGCACCAGGAGAGGAUGGAUAUGUGUGAGAGCCACCUGCACUGGCACACUGUGGCUAAAGAGUCCUGUGGCGAUCAGACCAUGAAUCUUCAUGACUUUGGGAUGCUGCUGCCGUGCGGUAUUGAUCGUUUCCGCGGUGUGGAGUUUGUGUGCUGCCCGGUGGAGGAGCAGAGAGACUCCGAUGCUGAGGAGCAGGAGGAGGCCAACUCAGAUGUGUGGUGGGGAGGUGCUGAGACUGAGUACAGUGACAGACAAGCCCCUUCAGAACCUCAGGAGCAAGAGCCAGAGCCUCUCACCACAGAGGAUGACGAGGACACCGAUGAUGAUGAUGAUGAUGACGAAGAAGAAGAGGCUUGGGAUAACGAUGAGGACGGUGAUGGUGUGGAAGAUGCUAAUGAGGAGGACGAUGAGGACGAAGAUGCCACAAAUGAGCGUGACACCAGUGAGCAAGCCUCAAAUGUUGCUAUGACAACAACCACUACUACAACCACUGAGUCUAUAGAGGAGGUUGUGCGAGCCGUGUGCUGGGCCCCACCACGGAGGGGUCCGUGCCGUGCCACACUGUCCCGCUGGUACUUUGUGGCGGAGACAGGCCGCUGUGCCCCCUUCAGCUUCGGGGGUUGUGGGGGCAACCGCAAUAACUUUGAGUCGGAGGAAUACUGCAUGGCUGUGUGCAGCAGCAGUGUGUUGCCCACCAUGGCCCCCAGUCCUCCCGAUGCUGUGGGCCGCUACCUUGAGGCACCAGGAGAUGAUAAUGAACACGCUCACUUCCAGAAGGCCAAAGAACGUCUAGAGGCCAAACACAGGGAGAGGAUGUCCGAGGUAAUGAGAGAAUGGGAGGAGGCAGAGAGGCAGGCUAAGAGUCUUCCUCGUGCUGAUAAGAAGGCUGUCAUUCAGCAUUUCCAGGAGAAAGUAGAAGCACUGGAGCAAGAGGCGGCCAGUGAGAGGCAGCAGCUGGUGGAAACUCACAUGGCUCGUGUGGAGGCUCUUCUUAAUGACCGCCGUCGCCUGGCUCUGGACAGCUACCUGACUGCCCUGCAGGCUGACCAGCCCCGGCCUCGCCAGGUGCUCAGCCUGUUCAAGAAGUAUGUGCGUGCUGAACAGAAGGACCGGCAACACGCCCUCAAACACUUCGAGCAUGUGCGCAUGGUGGACCCCAAGAAAGCUGCUCAGAUCCGACCUCAGAUGCUGACCCAUCUGCGGGUGAUUGAGGAGCGUCUGAAUGAAAGUCUAGGAUACCUCAACAAGGUUCCACGAGUGGCCAAUGAAAUCCAAGACCAAGUUGCGGUGCUGAUGCAGCAUGUCCAGGCCGAGGCCACACAGCAGCUGUCCUCCCUCCAGACAGACAUGAGAGUGAGUUACGGUAAUGAUGCCCUGAUGCCAGACCUGCCGGACAGCACCACCUCUCUGGACGCACUGCCCCCGGAGGAGGACGGCCUGGGCUUCAUCCACCCGGAAAGCUUCAAUCAGGCCAACACCGACAACCACGUUGAACCCGUUGAUGCCCGUCCAGCUCCAGAUAGGGGACUGCCCACACGACCUGUGUCUGGCUUGAAACCUGAAGAGAUGCCAGAGGUGAGGAUGGACACUGAAGAGAGGCGCAGUGCUGGAUAUGAAGUACAUCAGAAACAGGUGUUUUACGCUGAAGACAUGGGCUCUAAUAAGGGAGCUAUUAUUGGUCUGAUGGUGGGCGGUGUCGUCAUAGCGACGGUCAUUGUCAUCACCCUCAUAAUGCUGAGGAAGAAGCAGUACACUUCCAUCCACCACGGAGUCAUAGAGGUCGACGCCGCAGUGACCCCAGAGGAACGCCACCUCACUAAGAUGCAGCAGAACGGCUAUGAGAACCCCACCUACAAGUUCUUUGAACAGAUGCAGAACUAACAAGCAUCUCCAUCACCCCCCUGCCCCCUCAUUCACCCCACUACAUCAGGACAGAGAACACAAGCUCACCCCUCAUCCGCACUAACGGUGAGCUCUGUUGCCAUUGAGAUGAGAGCGGCUUCUACCACCCGACCAUUUCAUCCAAUCACAGAUGAGUGUUCACUUUGUUUUGCACAAAAAAAAAAAAAAAAAACGAAAAAUGCAUCGCCGUCGCUCACCCAGCCAUUUGUCCAUCUGUCUGUUCUUCUGGGCACUUCUCAGUCACGUCAAGGUCCAGGCAAUUCCCGGGCCAAGUUCUGUCUCUAUUUCCUCUCAGUCUCUGGAUCAACUCUCUUCCUUUCCACGUCAUCCAUGUGUCCUCUCUGCUCCAUGCUUCUUUCUUCCCCUGCUCUUAAUGUCUUCACCCCCCGUCUCUUCCCUCCAUCAUCAUGUCUUUGUCCCAGGCGUACAGACGACAGCUGUGCUGGACUCAAGUCCGACAGACUCCAACCUCUAAGGAUGGCUAGAAGCAGAAUAAUGUACUCAUCAUUGAGCUUUUUUUCCAUUUCAGGACCAAUCUGUCCUUGCAGGUCUGUUUUUCCAGAAAAAUAUUUUUAAAAAAUUCCAAAAAUACAUAUUAUAAAUAUAUAUAAAUAUAUAUAAAAACCUUAAGGAAAUAAUGAAAAAUGAAUGUUUGUUUUUUAUUUUGUGUGUAAUAAUGUAUUGAAAUAAGGCAGAAAAUAGCUGUACCUAUUUAGUGCAUGGCAGUUACGACAGGGAGGCGUCGACCUCUCUGAUGUAGAAAUUCUAGCAGGAUUGUACAUUUUAGUGUUUUCUCGUGAUCACGUAAUUUUAAAGCAUUAGAAGAGUUCCAAAAAAUCUGUUUUGAGGCUAUGUUGUCACUAAGGACAUGCUUUAAAUGAAGUUAGUGCUUUUUCUUUUCCUCUCUUUUAGAGUACACCACAACAUGCGCACAUACACACACACACUUACACACACACAUGUUCACACACAAACAACACGGCUGCAUGGGCCUGAGAAGCUGUAUGUAAUAUGAUAAUGAAGUGUAAUAUAAGCCCAUGUGUUUUGUUGACAUUCUAUGCACUCUGUAUGUUGUCUUUUUCUAGGGGCCUCUACAUCCUGCCCUGUUUCACUUUCAUUCAUUCCGUGUCGGGAGUUAUUAUGAGAAGGAAAACAGUGGAAUUUUACUGUUUAAAUAUCCACCAUUUUGGAUUAAUGAUUAGGAUUCCACUUCCCAUUUGCUUUCCUGUGUGUCUGUGAUAUUCACAAACACUAAAUGGGACAAAAGUUCUGCACCUUUUCUCCUCAUUCCUCCAGUUAUCCUUCACUCUGUUUAUCUCUCCUAGUGGUAGCGAUGGCAAAUUCAAGAUUCAAGAAAGAAAAUGAUCCACAUCAGGAUUGGGCAUUUCUAAUGUGAGAACCAGAUUUGGAUCCAUGUUUAAAGAACCAGAUUUGAAAUAGAGAUUGUGUGAAUAAAGACGUGUGAACAACCUGUAAUUUGUUAAAGAGCUUUUACACCAUGGUUCUUCUAUGGCUUAAUGCAAAGCGCCAUUUAAAGCUCAUUUUUUUAUUAAGUACUUUUAUUACAAACUAAUUGUUACUAAUUGGUAACUACAUGCAAAGCAAUACAAACAGACUUAGAUGUUCCAAAGUUGAAGGAGGAAAGAAAGCCAGGAACCAUCAGAGGGUCUGCAGCGUUUAAGUUCUAAGCUGUCGGACUGAAGUGCUGGUAAGGAUUUUACUUUCUAGAUCUGAAUCUGCCUUCGCUGCACACAGGCAGGCUAGAAGUGCUAUAAGAGCCUUAGGGUGAUAAUUGCGUUGAUAUGAAAAUCUGCCAAGCAGCUUCAUAUCAAAAUUCUCAUUAACGCACUCUUUCCCAAACCCUUGCCUUUCUUUUAACAGUGCUAAGCAUGUGUUCAAAGUCAUUUCACUUGUAAGAGAAUGUAAGGAGAAUGGUAAAGGAAGUGUAAAUAUUAAAGGUGGUCCACAAUGAAACAAUACACAAGUCCUUCAGCCGAAGCAGAUGUGGCACAAACUUUGUGGAAGUUCACAGCAAUGACAACACUCCACUCAUUCACUCCCUCCGUUCAUUGACAGGAGAGCUUAUAUCAGGUGUUGGUUAUGCAAGAAUCCUCAGAGAUUAAAAAAAAGUGUCAGUGGUCAGUAUGGUGCAGUAAAGAAAGAGAUGGCUCCUCCAACCUUUCCCAGUCUCACCUUUCUGUGUAUAUUUCCUUGUAUGUAUCUGUCCAGUUCAUUGGCUUAGACUGGGGGAAAGGCUUUCUACACUGUAUUCCAUUAAUAAAGUUUUGAAUGUACAUACA